AGAACGCGCAGGAUUUCUCAGGAGAAGACAUGGAUUCCCCGGGAACUCUGCUCCUCGCCGCCCUCAUAGCCCUUCUCAUAUUAUAUUCCGUGUGGGGUAAAAUAUUUGAGGCUGGGCGCCGGCUGCCCCCCGGUCCGACCCCUCUGCCACUGCUCGGAAACCUGCUACAGAUCAGGAACGGAGAGACGGCGAAGACCCUGAUGGAGCUGGGCGAGCGGUACGGCGCCGUGUACACCUUCCACUUCGGGCCGAGCCCUGUAGUCGUCUUCUGCGGUUAUGAAGCUGUGAAGGAAGCUCUUGUUGAUCACGGAGAUGAUUUUAUAGGCCGCGGGAAACAGGCCACAGUGGACAGAGUCUUUCAAGGCUACGGAUUAAUGGCCAGUGAGGGGGAUCGCUGGAGGCAGCUCAGACGCUUCUCUCUAGCAACGUUGAGGAACUUUGGUUUGGGGAAGCGAAGCAUCGAGGAACGGAUCAAGGAUGAGGCCCGAAGCCUGGUCGAGGAGCUCAGGACGUAUGAAGAGCGAUCCUUUGAUCCGGCGAUCCUCAUCAGCAAGGCUGUGUCUAACGUCAUCAGCUCGGUGGUGUUCGGCAAACGCUUCGACUACCACGAUAAGAAGUUUCAGCGAAUGCUCGAUAUAUUCUACGAAACAUUCGAACUUAUGAGCUCCACCUGGGGACAGGUCCAAGAAAUGAUCCCAUUUAUAAUGAACCAUAUUCCGGGGCCUCACCAAAAAAUUACCGCCUUGCUAGAGGAACUCAAUGAGUUCAUUGCUGAAAGGGUGAGGAUAAAUCAAGAAAGCUUGGAUCCCAACUCUCCCAGAGACUACAUCGACUGCUUCCUCAAAAAAAUGGAAGAGGAGAAAAAUAACCCUGACUCCGAGUUCCACAUGAAGAACUUUGUGCUGACCCUCAACAACUUAUUCUUCGCCGGCGGAGAAACUGUGGCCACGACGUUAAAACACGGCUUUCUAUUGCUCAUCAAAUACCCAGACAUACAAGCCAAAGUCUUCGAGGAAAUAGACAAGGUCAUUGGCCGCGACCACAGCCCCAACAUCGAGGACCGGAGCAAGAUGCCGUACACGGACGCGGUGAUCCACGAGAUCCAGAGAUUCAGCAACGUUAUCCCCAUGAAUGCUCCCCAUUCGGCAACAAAGGACACGGAGUUCAGGGGAUUCACCAUUCCCAAAGGCACGGGGGUCUGCGCUCUCUUGUGCUCCGUCCUGGGUGACCCAAAGUAUUUUGAUACCCCAAACAAAUUCAAUCCAAACCACUUUUUGGCUGCUGAUGGUUCCUUUAAGAGAAACGAAGCCUUCCUGCCCUUCUCCACAGGGAAACGGAUCUGUCUGGGGGAAGGCCUGGCGCGCAUGGAGCUCUUCCUGUUUCUCACCAGCGUCCUUCAGAACUUCGCCCUGACAUCUCAGACGCGAUUCACGGAGGCCGACGUCGCCCCGAGGAUGACCGGAUUUGCCAACGUACCAAUACCGUACCAGAUGACUUUUGUGGCUCGUUAGUGGCUACAAACGGGUAUAACAAUAUUUCCUCGGACUUCGUAUAACCCGCUCCUAUAACCUUUACUCUAAAUGUAGUACUUUUAUAAGAUCCGGUAUUCUUACUUAUUGUCCAUUUACCUCGUUAGAGUUAAGGAGUCAGAACAUAGCAUUAGACACAGGGAGUGUAAUGUAUGUCAUAUGGGAAACAAUGUAUUUGUUCAGACACUCGCACCGAGGAAUGUAAAUAGUGCAUGAACAGCGGUAGGCAACACAGGCGACAUGUAAAGAAAAUCAGGAAAAACUUUACGGACAAUAGAACAUAGGAUGUCUGAUAUGCUUUAAAGGGCAAUAAAUAAAUAAAGCCUCUCCCACAGAGGCUGGGAUUUACCCUUGCGAGAUUCGACUUUUCUAACAAUGAAUUAAGGAGCUUGGUUUCCUUUAGAGAAAAAUGUUUAUUCAUUUAAAUUUGUAAAAAUGAUGUCAUCAGUAUUCAAAUUCUCAAACUGAACAAACAAAAGCACUGCUGUUUCUUUUAGUUGAGCAGAUGCAUGCGCGAGCGCUGCCCUAUAAUCUAACACGUAACUGAGGGGUAACGUCA